UUCUGAUUUUUAAUACAAACCUAUCCAAUGAGAUUCUACAUGCCACAUGGCAACACUCCAUCUAAUACCAAAUUCACAUUCCUAUCCUUUAAGAUAAGAAACAUUUGCAUACAUUAAUAAAAAUUUGCACAUUUUCUUUCUCAUUCACCAUCCAAAUAAUUCACAUCAACACAAACUCACUAAGCUUAGUCACUUUAUCCCUUGAGGGCAAAGGCAGCUAUCAUGGCUUCUGCUUGUGCUUCUUCUGCCAUUGCAGCUAUUGCCAUCUCUACCCCAAGUUCUCAGAAGAAUGGAUCAGCCUUAGGAAUCACAAAAGCUUUUCUUGGGAGGAAACUGAAGGUGAACAACAACACAUCAGUUAGAGUAAGAUCUGCUGCCACAACAAAGUGUGCAGUAGCUGAGCCUGAUAGGCCUAUUUGGUUCCCAGGAAGCACACCUCCUGCAUGGCUUGAUGGCAGUCUCCCUGGAGAUUUUGGGUUUGAUCCUCUUGGUCUUGGAUCUGAUCCAGAGAGCCUAAGAUGGAAUGUUCAAGCAGAGCUAGUUCACUGCAGAUGGGCAAUGUUAGGUGCAGCUGGAAUUUUCAUUCCAGAAUUCCUAACAAAGAUUGGUAUCUUGAACACACCAUCAUGGUACACUGCUGGAGAGCAAGAGUAUUUCACAGACACCACCACACUCUUCAUAAUUGAACUCCUUUUCAUUGGUUGGGCUGAGGGUAGAAGAUGGGCUGACAUAAUCAAUCCUGGUUGUGUCAACACUGACCCUAUCUUUCCAAACAACAAGCUCACAGGAACUGAUGUGGGCUACCCAGGUGGGCUUUGGUUUGACCCACUUGGUUGGGGAAGUGGUUCUCCUAAAAAACUUAAGGAGUUGAGAACAAAGGAAAUUAAGAAUGGAAGAUUGGCUAUGUUGGCUGUGAUGGGAGCUUGGUUCCAGCAUAUAUACACAGGCACUGGUCCUAUUGAUAACCUCUUUGCUCACCUUGCUGAUCCUGGACAUGCUACUAUUUUUGCUGCUUUCACUCCGAAAUGAGAAGGGCUAGGACAACCUUGGAGAAACAAAUUGUGAACAUGUUUUACUAAGUAGUAAGGCAUACAUGUUAUUUUAGGAGGAGUGUUUAUGUUGGUGGAAGGUUGUAAAAUGGUUACCUACUUCUAUGUCAUGCACAGGUUGAUGGUUCAAUGUAUAAAUACCUAUUUAAGUUUAGAUAAAAAUGACUUAAAUAAGAGCCCGUUUGCUA